CAUAUCUCGCAUAUGCGCUGUUUGGGGCCUGAAUCUAUUGCCGUCGACAUUAAUUCCCGUAUAGAUGUAAUCAAAAUAGCUUCAGGCCGGCGAGCGCGACAUAUAGCAUUUCAACUUGAGCUCUCGCUCAAAAUUAUGCCCGAGCACCAUCCAGGGACCUUAUUAUGUGUAAUGGGAUGUCAAUUCAUGGUCGGGGCGACAGUCUGGGCAUAGACCUUGCGAUCCCGCCCUUGACCCCCGGAGUGGUACCCGCGUGUUUGGAAUGAGCAGUGAUGAACUGAGUAGAGUGAGCAAAAUGAGCAGUGUCCUAGGAGGUUGAGCAGUGAGCGAGGGACUGAGAGGCGCAGUAAGAAAAGGACUGACGUUCAGGUUGAAGUGACCAGAGUCCGGCACUGGGCCACCGCACGCUUACCCCAACAGCCGACCAGAUCGGGGUCGAGUUCAUUUCUGUCUGAGCGAGGCUCGUUGACCCACUUCUACAAUACAGAACAUAAUGGCACUCCGCAUGCAGCGUUCGUCUGGGAGCCUAGCUCGGGCGGGUCCCAAGUCAACAAGCCGUCGCCUUACAACGCACGUGCUGGCAUCCGGCGCUCUCAAGACUUCCAAAUGCGGCCUUAAAUGGAAGGACGUCGAGGAGGGCACUGGUGCUCCGCCGCGGAUGGGCACCACUAUCCGCUGCCACUACAACGGCCGCCUCACCAACGGCAAGGUGUUUGACUCCUCUUAUGAGCGCGGCAGCCCCCUGGACUUCCCGAUCGGUGUGGGCCAGGUCAUCAAGGGCUGGGAUAUUGGCAUCCUGGGCAACGAGGACAUCCCGCCCAUGAAGGAGGGCGGCAAGCGCCUUCUGGUCAUCCCGCCCGAGCUGGGCUACGGGGCCCGCGGCGCCGGCGGCGUCAUCCCGCCCAACGCGGUCCUGGAGUUCGACGUCGAGCUGCUGCCGGCGGGCGGCGGCGGCGGCGGCCUGUUUGGCGCGCUGGCGGAGGGCUGGAAGAAGGCGACCGGCUUCCUGAAGGCGGUGUAGCGCGGCUGGUGGACCUAGAGUUGUGGGGCAGUGGGGGUUGUGGUUGUGGUUGUAUGCGGUGAAGUGUAGGAGGCUGUCAGGCUGUGGGUGCCACCGGCGUGCUUAACGUGCUAAUGGCUUGCUGCAGGCGUGUAGGUUGGUGCAGGGGGUGCGGCACAGAGGAGCGGGAGGAUGGAGGGGGAGAUGGUAAGAGGCCAAAGCCACGGGGGGAAGGAUGGCAUUCGCAUGCUCCGCAAUUUCCUUCGCAAGGUAUUUGGUGAGGCUGGGAUGAAGCGGAAGGGGACGGGGCAGGAAGGCACGGCUUUGUCGUGUAUGGGCACGGGAUUGUUGUCAUGGAGGUUGUUCGGAGCUUGCCGGGACGCCGGCUGAAAGUCCAAGCACAGAUUGGCGCUGGGACGUCAAACGCUGGCUUGAUACUAAUUGUCAAACAGUGGGGCCAAUGGCACCGUACGACCAGGUAACGCGGUCGUUCUGAUUCCGUAUUGCAGUAAUGCGCGGCGCGGGCCAUGAAGGCAUUUGCAAGUGCGCAUGGUGGCCAGGUAGCGGUGAUGGGUUGGCCAAUCAGUCGAUAGCCGUG